AUGAUCGAAAACCCUGAACAUAAAAUGUAUCAACGGACAAAAACUGUUUCUUCGCCAAACAAAACGAAAGUCCGAAAACAACUGACCGAAAAAGUAGAUGAUUUUGACAAGUAUGGUAUCAGAAGAAAAGUGCAUCAAUUUUGGCACGAUCGUGAUACACCUACGUUAGACAAGAUUCUUGUGUCCGUAAAUGAAGAUAAUGGUCUACCAAAUUUUUCUCGAACAUCAUUAUUCAGAUUGUUGAAAUCUACGGAUUUCGUAUAUAUGAAGCGAGGUCGUAAUAGUGGUUUGAUUGAAAAAUCUGAAAUCAUACUUUGGCGGAGAAGAUAUUUAAAAGAUAUUAAAAGAUACAGAGAAGAAGGAAGACCAAUUUACUAUCUAGAUGAAACGUGGGUAAACGCUGGAGAUGUUAAUAGUAAAGUAUGGGUCGACAAAACUGUAACGUCAGCUCGAGUAGCAUCUUCCGAGGGACUUUCGACUGGAGUAAUAAACCCUACUGGCAAGGGGAAACGUUUAAUUGUUAGCCACAUCGGUUCCGAAGAUGGAUUUGUUCCCGGUGGUCUUUUGUGCUUUGAGUCAAAGAAAAACACCCAAGACUAUCACGAUGAGAUGAACGGGGACUCUUUUCGUGAUUGGUUGGAAGGUGUUUUGCCCAGACUCAAAGAGAACGCAGUCAUCGUCAUGGACAACGCUCCUUAUCAUUCGGUGAAAAUUGAAAAAUGCCCAACUACGAAUUGGAGAAAAGAUGACAUAAUUGCAUGA